CAGCACAGAGCGCCGUGCAGAGACUCCGCGGGGUUCUACCGAGCGGCCCCCGCCGGGCACGGAGCGGGACACGGUGCCGGGGCGGCCCCCCCUUACGCCGCCGCUUCCUCCGGUUGUGACUUUGGGAGCGGAGGAGGAACGCAGCAGCACUGUAGCAGCCGCACCACGGUGCUGGAUUUGGACACGCACGUCGUGACCACGGUGGAGAACGGUUACCUGCACCAGGAGUGCUGCUCGCAGUGCCCGUGCUGCUGCCAACCCGGCUCCGGGGCCCCCCUCCCCGCCGCCCCGCCGGGCGCUAAGCGCAAGUAUUACCCGGGGCAGGAGGAAGAGGAGGGGGUGGAGGAAGGGGAGGCCGGGGGGGAGGGCGGGGGUGGGCGGGGCGCCCAGUUCGCCCCGUGCACCAAACGCGCCCGCUUCGAGGAGUACGGCAGCGCCGAACACCCGCAGGACUCUUCCAACAUCUCCAACUUGAUCUCCAUCUUCGGCUCCGGUUUCACGGGGUUGGUGAGCCGGCAGCAGGCGGACUCGGAGCAGCCCCUCAACGGGCAGCUGUGCGGCAAGCAGGCGCUGGCCAGCCUGGGGGCCUGGACUCGGGCCAUCGUCGCGUUUUAG